AGCAAGCACAGAGAUGGUGCUCCCUACGCUGAGUAUGGCGGCUGGUACAAGGCCUGUAAGGUUAGCAGCCCAACUGUGAACACCACUCUGAGGAACCUGGGUGCACUGUACCGACGCCAGGGCAAGCUGGAGGCAGCCGAGACCUUGGAGGAAUGUGCAUUUCGCUCUCGGCGGCAGGGUAUUGACCCGAUCAACCAGACAAAAGUGGUGGAGAUCCUGAAGGAGGGUGAUGGCACAGAGAGACGUCGGAGCCUGGGGGGCAGCGUCAAGUACGAGAAUGCCACAGACGGUAGCGAGGAAGUGAGUAUGGGCGUGGAAUGGAGCGGGGAUGGCAGUGGCACCCUGCAGCGCAGCAGCUCCCUGGGGAAAAUCCGGGAGGUGAUACGGAAGAGCAGUGAGAUGUUGGUCAAGAAACUGCAGGGCAAUGGUCCCCUGGAGCCCAGGAACACCAGCAUGAAACGAGCUGCAUCAUUAAAUUACCUGCACAAGUCUAGCGAUGCUUCUUUUGAGGGCACCCAAGGCCUCCGUGCAGAGAGUAGAGGCCUC